AUGGCGAGAUCGAAUAGUUCCUCUCGUGACCGGCUCUCUCUUCCACAAUCCGCAUUCAAAACCGAGGCGAUCGAAGACCCUUACCUGUCAGGUCCCUCUGACUUGGACGAAUUCUCCUUCGAUCAGCAUACAUCCGACGGAUCGUUACACCAAGGCCCUGCCAGCCGCUUCUCGCCUGUGUCACCACCAACCGUCGAGCGAAUACCAAAUCAGUCAAUGCAGAACUAUGAAUACGGCGACAAUUCCUUUGACCCGUCUAAUCUCUUUGACUACGAUCUAUCCGGCGCUUCGGAUCCGGGCAUUCUCAGCAGUGUCACCACUUCACCAGGCGAUGGUCUAUUUGGCAUCUACCCACUUCACCCUCAGAGUACAGAGGGGCACCAACUAUCAUCAUUACAAUCGCUUGCGGAGGCGACCUUGUCUUCGGCUUUCCCAAGCAUGGACAAUCAGCACCAGGACUUUGUAGCGACAGACUCGACAAAUAGCCAUCAACCUCCUAGGCUAAAUAUCUCGUCAUCUACCGAUAACAUGGAUAAACUCAGCGUCAACCCGACACCUACAUCGGUGAAGUCGCAAAGUCCAAUGGUAAAAGUAUCUACGUACUCCCGAGGCGAUUCUCCAACAAGAGAUGAGAAUCAAUGGGAAAGUCGUCGAGGCAGUCGCUCAUCCAUUCAUUUGUCCCCAAGUUUGGAAUCCAAUGAAGAACACGCAACGUACAACGAUGACAAUAACCAAUCCCAUUCCAGUCACGGAUUAAAUGCUUCACGGGCUGAGGAUGGUUCAUGGCAUCGGAAUCCAGCAACUGGGCAGGCAGGUCUGGAUCCUUCCGUGCGAGGCAACGAUUUCGUUCCUAGCCCAAAAGAUAUGGAAGAGGAGCGUCAGCGUGCUGAGAGGAAUGUUGAUAUCGAGAUCUGGUCAGCAUCUGUAUCCGCCGCCAACAGCGAUGCAGGCGAUGACUAUGGCUUUUCGUAUCAACAUUCUCGCGGAAGACCCCGAUCAGUCAGUGCCAUUGAAACGCGCCACGAUUACUUCAGUAUCAUGCAACCUGACAACUCUAACAUCCCUGGGCCUGGUCAGCUAAUUCACGAAUCCGACCCUGGGAGUGACUUCGAAACGGGAUCUGAUGAUUCUCAGCCUGGAUCAUCAAAGGGGCUUCCUUCCCUGGAAUCGUACCUUGAAGAUGAGCCACUGGCUCGUCAAUUCAUUCGCCGUUACCCGUGGAAGGACUAUGCCCAGUUUCCCCUGCCUGUUGCCACAAAAUCACAGCCAGAUAGUUCGCGAGCCGCGAUGCAACUAUACGAUGACCUUGCCAAAGAAUUUGAGACUGCUUCUCGUGUGGCCACAUGGGGUACAAAACGAUUGAAUGAUACUGAAGUCAACAAUUUGCUGGAGUCUGAUGGCUUUCUCAAGAAUUUAUCCAUUAGUAGCAAAAGCACUCUUCUAAAACUCUUGCCCAAGAGAAGCAUCAGUACCUCCAAGCACAAAAGACGACACUCCCAAGCAGGGUCGCGGCAAUCCAGCUUUGAAGCUGAGCCCCAGGAGCAAGACAGUAAAAAAGAUAGCAUGGCUGGGUCAAGAUUGUCUCGGCGAUCGAGCUUGAAUCGACCAAAAUCUCCCACUGGUGUUAUGGCGGCCGCUUUUUACGCCGGCCAAAUGGCUGCUAGUAUUGGCGGUCACGGUUCUCUUUCGACUACUCCUACUGUUUCUGGAAAAGGAAAUCUUAGCCCGGCUACCAUUAUGGAUCGCUUCAGGAUGCGAAGCAGGAGCGAAGGCUCACACGCUGCACCUAAUCUACAGGAAUUAAACAUACCCAAACCACGGCCAUCUGUUGCACAGGUGCCUUCGCCCGUCGCAAAACUAAAUACUCCUGUAGACGGGGAUGAGGCUGAUGAGGACGAUGAUGAUUCGAUGGAUGAUAAAGGUCUUCACAUGGACCUGACUCCCUCGCAAGAGAAAGUUAUACCUACUCCGGAAGGUUUCAAAAGACAAAUCUCUACGUUGAAUCCCCGCUUAGAGCCAGCAUUGGUAGAGCGGUUCGCUGCCGAGCAAUUGCUUCGUUACAGAAAGUUGAUUGAAAAUAAAAAAAGGCAUGUUGCAGCGGUCAAAAAGGGAAAUUGCAGCGCUCGUCAUCGUUGCUUUGCGUCCGGAGGGGGGGCAGAGAUUCUUCCCCCUAGAGAAAAUGCUAAAGACCCCAACGCAACGCGUUGUCAAUUUCAAAUACCAGGAUAUGAGGCUAGCGAUGAGGAGAGUAACACAUUUAUUGAUGGGGUCAUUACUCCCGCUGGAUUUCCAACGGGCAUUCCACUUCCUCCAGUCAAGAAACUGCCUGCCGAAUUCGAAUGCACUCUGUGUUUCAAGGUGAAAAAAUUCCAGAAACCAUCCGACUGGACAAAACAUGUUCAUGAAGAUAUUCUGCCGUUUACUUGUACUUUCCCUAACUGCGGUGAACCCAAGUCGUUCAAACGCAAGGCUGACUGGGUGCGGCAUGAAACCGAGCGCCAUCGACAGCUGGAAUGGUGGGCUUGUAAUAUGGCCGACUGUGACCACAAGUGCUAUCGUAAGGACAACUUUGUUCAACACUUGGUUCGGGAACACAAACGACCUGAGCCAAAGACGAAAAAGGCAAAAUCACCCGCUGUAGGCGCUGUUGAGAGCGAUCCGGAGAUUGCAAGGCUAUGGAAACAGGUGGAUGAAUGUCACAAGGAAACCAGAAAGUCGCCCGAAGAUGAGCCUUGUCGAUUCUGUGGGAAUAUCUGCAAUGACUGGAAGAAGCUCACAGUCCACCUUGCACGUCACAUGGAGCAGAUCGCGCUUCCAGUCCUAGCCUUGGUGGAAGAGAAGUCGUCUACGACAAAAAGCCACGCGAAAAAAGUAAGGACGCCUUCAGUCGCUUCGAUCAGCCCAUCAGCAGGUGCCGAUGCAUCAAAUGUUCUUUCAAGUGAUGUUAGUAACGCCGAGGCAUCGAUAAAUAGCCCGAUGAUGGCGGGUCAAGCCUCAUUCGACGCUAGCCAGAAAACCCAGCAAUCUAGGCUCCAUCUUAACCAAAGUCAUAUGUUAUUAAGCCCGUCAGAUGCUUCGGCAGGAACAACCUACCCUCCUCCAUCACAGUAUCCGGUCACGUCACCGGCUUAUUUGAACCCUCAUUAUAUCCCGGUUCAUCGCAAUUCAAUGUCCUAUCCUCCUCCUGCUAACGUCAUGCCCGCGCGACAGCCGUCGUUUAUUCCAGCGACUAAUGGGCCUGGUCCCUACCAGUUGAGUAUUCCUACGACUACGAUCAAUGAGUCACAACAGCUUUAUUAUUCCCCUACGGCAGAGAACAUGCAUAUUUCCCAAGAGGGGAUGUUCCCCACCAUUUAUGGCAACCCGCCAGCAAUGGGCUACCAGAUUUCGACCUCCCCUGAGGGAGACAAUCUAUCUGCACCUGCGUAUAUGACGCAAGAUCACUCUCCCACUUACCCGUUUCAAUGA